AUGAUCGAUAAAUAUUUUACCAAACUACCAAAAAAUUCAGAACCUUUAAAUUCAAAGCCAAAGGAGAAAGUUGCUUUUGUUGAGAAAGAAAGUCUUGCAUCAGAUGAUGAUAUUAUUGGUGAUCCUGGACUGCGAAAACCAAUUGAUAGUUACCCAUUUGAAAUUAGAGAUUCAUUGAGGAGAAGAUACUUAGCUAAAGGCCCUUGUCAACCAGUUGGGCAUGAAUUUCCAUUCACUCUUAUUCGCGAAAAGAAUCGAAGGUUUCAAGUUGCUUGGUUCAAGGAUUAUGAAUGGUUAGAGUAUAGUGUAUCUAAAGACAAAGCUUAUUGUUUAUAUUGUUAUUUGUUUGCAAAUAACAAUAGAAGUGGGGGAAAUGUUUUUACUGAGAUUGGUUUUAAUAACUGGAAAGAUGGAAGACGUGCAUUUGUCAAUCAUGAAGGAAGUCCUGGUAGCUCACAUAGUGGUUGUAGAAUGAAGGUCGAGCAAUAUCGUAAUCAAAGAGGGAAUGUGAAUCAGCUAUUGGCAAGACAAACUGCUGCUAUGGAAGAUGAUUAUCGCACUCGAUUGUCAACGGUUGUAAGUGUUGCUCGAAUACUUUUAGAGGAAGGUUUGCCUUUUAGAGGACAUGAUGAAUCUGCAGAGUCACUCCACAAAGGUAAUUUUCUAGAACAUAUUAGUUGGGUAUGCAAGCGAGAAGAAAAUGUAAAUAAAGUGAUGGGAAAGAAUGCUCCAGGAAAUAAUCAAUUGACUUCUCCUACGAUUCAAAGGGAUAUUAUUGAAUGUUGUGCAAUGGAAACGAGAAAGAUCAUAUUGAAUGAGAUAGGGGAGAAGAAGUUUGCUCUUUUGGUUGAUGAAGCCCGAGAUUGUUCAGUAAAGGAGCAAAUGUCUUUGGUGUUGAGAUUUGUUAAUGACAAAGGAAUGGUUUUGGAACGUUUUCUUGGAUUGGUUCAUGUGAAUGAGACUUCUGCAAAAGUUCUAAAAAAUGUUAUUGAUACUUUUUUUGCCAAGCAUGAUUUAUCACUUGCAAAACUCAGAGGGCAAGGUUACGAUGGAGCUGCAAACAUGAGCGGUGAAUUUAAUGGGUUAAAAACACUCAUUCUAAAAGAAAACAAAAAUGCACAUUAUAUUCAUUGUUUUGCCCACCAACUUCAGUUAGUUGUUGUGACUGCUUCACAUGAAUCAGAGAGUGUAGGUGAUUUCUUUGAAACAUUGUCAAUGAUAGUGAAUACAAUUGGAGCUUCGUGCAAAAGAAAGGAUACUCUUCGAGAAAUACACAAUGAGGAAGUGUUGAAUUAA